CAAAAUUCAAUUAUCCGUUUAUUUUCUCCCAAACAGGACCCACAUGUUGUCUUGUGUGUGUAUAUAAACUCGACGUUCCUUCAGCUUUUUUCACAGAAUCACAAAUCCAACUUUUCUUGUUAUCUUAGAUUUUUUACAGAUUUCUGAACUCGAAUCGGUAUCAUGGGAAGUGCAAUGCCGGAGAAGAAAAGGGUGGUGAUUGUCGGCGGAGGAGUUGGAGGCUCUCUUCUGGCAUAUACCCUUCAGAACUACUGUGACGUUUUCCUCAUUGAUUCGAAGGAGUAUUUUGAGAUUUCAUGGGCAAGCUUAAGGUCAAUGGUUGAGCCGUCAUUUGCAACAAGAACAGUGAUUAAUCACAGCGAAUACCUUCACAAUGCACGCGUUAUUUCAUCUCCAGCUACCGACAUCACAAGGAAUGAGGUUAUGACAAAACAAGGCCAACGAAUUGCAUAUGAUUAUCUUGUUGUUGCCACUGGUCAUUUGGACAAUGGCAGUUCUACAAGACAGGAGAAACUCAAUUACUACCAAAAAGAGAACGAUACUAUCAAAUCUGCUAAUUCCAUACUGAUAGUUGGAGGGGGGCCGACGGGCGUAGAGCUGGCUGCCGAAAUAGCUGUUGAUUUUCCCAGUAAAAAGGUGACACUUGUGCACAAGCAUUCAACACUGCUGGAAUUCAUAGGAGAAAAAGGCGGGAACAGGGCGCUUAAGUGGUUAACUUCAAAGAAGGUUAAUGUCAUCCUCGGGCAAUCCGUUGACUUGAGCUCAUCCUCAAACGGUGUGUAUCGGUUAUCUGGGGGAGAAAGUGUAGUUGCAGAUUGCCAUUUUCUAUGUGCUGCUAAGCCUUUUGGCACCUCAUGGCUAAAGGAUACCGAUUUGAGAGGUAGCUUGGAUAACCAAGGGAAGUUAAUGGUUGAUGCAAACUUGAGGGUCAAGGGUCACAAUAAUAUAUUUGCCAUUGGAGACAUUGUUGAUAUCAAAGAACUAAAGCAAGGAUUUAUAGCUCAAAACCAUGCAUUGUUGGCUGCCAAGAAUGUGAAGCUAUUGAUAAGUGGAGCAAAGGAGCAGAAACUGGCAAAGUAUAAGCCAGGUAUCAAAAUGGCUAUAGUUUCUCUAGGAAGAAGACAUGCUGUGAUGCAAGUUGGGUGCAAAACCUUUUCCGGACGGAUUCCAGGAAAGAUAAAGUCUGAGGAUUUGUUUGUUGGCGAGGCCAGGAAGAAACUCGGCCUAAAGUCUUCUUAGCUGCCAAAUCCCUGUUGUAUUCAAUUCCUAAGCUCUACCUGUUUGUGUUUAAAGCAUUCCACAUAUGUUCUGUAUUUGAUAUGUUUACACUAUGAAUGUGAGCCUUCGAAUGUAUAUAUUUGUUCCACCUCGUACUAUUGACUAUCGAGUCAUUUGAGUAAAAAAUAAAUCAAAGCUUGUUUCUCGUACUUUUCAA